AUGCAACUAGCAUUUCUGGACUUUGAAGCCACGUUCGACUCUUCUCACCGAGGCCGUCUUCUCAACGCGCUCCGCGCCGAUGAAGUACCAGGAAAGUUCGUUCGCUUGCUUGAUGAUAUGAAUCAAAGAAUAAGUGGUGCAGUACGAACAGCAGCCGGAUGUAUAACACCAUUUGAAGUGGUAACUGGAGUAAGACAAGGGGAGUUGGCAGGAUCCUUUCUGUUCAAUUUCGCCAUUGACGACAUUAUGCGAAGAACAGUCGACCAGUGUCCUGCCGAAAUUGUCUUAGCACCAUCAGGUGCCUCUUGA